AUGAAGAUCCGCCGUCACCAGUCGCCUCAGCAGCCGCAUGAUUUGGCUAUCUCGGGGGAUCAGGCGACGCUGAGAAAGUCCGACACCAGUUGUCGUCUUUCAUCGUUGAAACAUCUAGUUCGUGAAGCCAUGACCGAUCCCGAGCUCACUGGGGUCGAUUCAGAGGUCAUGAAGUCUCUUUCGAUGCUGGACAGCGCCUUUCAACGCCUACAAAAGCCAUCACGUUCUCCUCCAAGCCCCGCUCGGUCCUUCUCGGCCCAGGAAACUAGUCAUUUCUCGCUUGGAUCAAAAGAAAACGAAUCCAACGUGCCCACCUUGCCUCAUAUUCUAGACGACCAAUUAGAGAAGGCAGUCUUCACACACUCAGCGUGCAAUAACCAUAAUAACUCGAACUAUGACCGACUGGAAAUCUUGGGGGAUGCCUACAUCGAACUAAUGGCAACGAAGUUAGUCUGGGAGAAAUUCCCGGAUAUACCUUCAGGUCGAAUAUCUCAGAUUCGUGAGCUUCUGGUGAAAAACGAAACUCUCGCAGCAUUUGCAGAGAUAUAUGGCUUUGAUCGCAGGGCGUCGGUACCAGUGAAUUACUCGGACCAACCAAAACGAUGGAUCAAAACCAAGGGCGAUAUCUUUGAGGCCUAUGUAGCUGCAAUCAUACUUUCACAUCCCGCGGGUGGGUAUCGGCUUGCAGAACAAUGGUUGACCAAGUUAUGGCUACCAAAGCUUGACAGCUUGGGACAUCAAAAAGCCAGUUUGCGCUCAAAGGAGGCCCUGGCUCAGCAGAUCAUGGGGAAAGGUAUCAAGCUGGAGUACCUGGAGGAGCGACAGUCGAUUCAAAAAAAGGGCAGUGGCACUCAGACCUUUUUCAUUGGUGUGUAUCUUACGGGUUGGGGAUGGAACAAGAGGCAUCUAGGCUCUGGGCAAGGUCCAAGUAAAGUAGCGGCGGGUGACGAAGCGGCAAGAAAUGCCCUGUUGAACACGCCUUUGAUUUCAGAAAUCACUGCUAAAAAACAGAUAGUAGUGUCAGGGGAUUCUAAUUGA